AUGGAGCGUGUACAUAUGGAUAUUCUCGGGCCAUUACCAGUAUCCAAAGCAGGAAAUAAAUACAUCCUUGUAAUCGUGGAUCAGUUUACGAAGUGGGUGGAAUGUCACCCUAUUCCAGAUCAAAAUGCUGAGACAAUCGUAAGGGUGUUAGUGGAUGAAUUCAUUUCCCGGUUUGGCUGCCCUCUGGAAUUACACACAGACCAAGGACGGAAUGUGGACGGGAAUGUGGUACGGCACCUAUGUGAGGUGUUAGAAGUUAGGAAGACUAGGACAACACCUUACAGGCCUUGUUCGAAUGGACAAGUCGAGCGGUACAAUCGGCUACUGUUGCAGAUGAUUCGGUGUUAUCUCCAGAAACAACAAGAGUGGGACCAGCAUCUCCAACAGAUCGCGGGUGCUAUAAGAGCCACCCAGCAUCGUCAGACUGGCUUCACCCCUAAUCUGAUGAUGCUGGGGAGAGAGGUCAAUCAGCCAAUUGAUCUGAUGCUGGGAACGGUGGUAACAGAAGGCAAAAGCAUCCGGACCACUGCAGACUAUGUCAGCGGAGUGAUUGAACAAGGCCAGAAAGCGCAUAUGAUUGCUCGGGAACAUCUGCGGGAAGCCCAGUUUCGACAAAAACGGGACUAUGACGUCAAGGCGCAUCAACGUCAUUAUGACAUUGGGGAUGUUGUAUUCAAGCUGGAUACUGCUACUAAAGUUGGACGUAGCCCAAAGCUGCAGCAACCCUGGAACGGACCAUUCCUGGUGGUUGAAGUGAAGUCUCCAGUGUUGUAUAGAAUCAAAGGUAGGAAAAAGGAGAUGAUAGUCCAUCAUGAUCGGUUGAAGCUAUACAACAGCGACAUCUACCCUGUUUGGUUUAGACGAAUGCGGAAUCGGCUGAUCUCCAUACCAGAGGAAUCAACAGCAGACAUUGAGGAUGACGCGGAUGUGCCAGAUCUCUCUGGGUUGUUUGAGGCGGGUACACAGACGGGCACGCUGGCUGUGAAUCCUACUUUGACAUCUGCAGGGAGGACUGUCGUCGACAGUAUCCAGGAUGUGGGGGUGACUUCUGAUACGGAUGACACAUUCAUUUAUCAGCUGGAUGAGGAGGAGCUCGAAGAGAGACCACACAGACGACAAUGUCGGAGGCCUCAGUAUCUCAGGGAUUAUGUGCAGGACUGA